AUGAUUAAUAAUAUGUUGCAAGGUUUUUACAACAAGCAACAUAGCAAAAUGAGAGGUUUAUACAUAGAUGGAUUAAUGGAUUAUCAUUGGGAUACAAAGUUGGUGAUUAUAAGAAUAGACCAUUCUUGGGUUUUGAAGUUUAUGGCUCGUGCAACAAUUUUGGCAUUGGUAAUUGUUUCUUUACCUUGGAUUAAUAUGAUUAUCGGGCACUUAUCGUCGCGAUACGAAUCUAAUUUUGCUUUGAAAGUUGAUCAUCAUGAGAUGGCUUAUUAUAACCCAAUUAAUUUGGAGUUUUUGCCUAUUAUUUUUCAAGAUUUGGCCAAUGAAAGACUUAUAAGAAUGGGUGAUAGGUCCCUUCUUGUUAGCAAUGGCAAUGAGGAAGAAAUUUACAAUUCUCAAGUUGUUAAAGAUUAUAAUCCAGAUUUGAUUUCUUUUUCAGAUUCUACACAACAAAAGCUUGUCCCUAAUGAGACUUUUGAUUUUGUAUUUGCCUAUGAUUACCCUCAAUCAUCAAAUUUUAUUGAAAGGGCUUUGAAGGUUGGUGGUAUUCUAAUUGUACCACUAAGUGACAAUCCAUUGAUUGAUGAAUUUCCACAUCCAUCAAAUUACAAGAUUGUCUAUGUUAGAAAAUUUGAUUCAACUAUUGUAGCCAUGAAGAAAAUAAAGAAUGCCUCUAUCAACUCUUCUACGAGUCAGACUGCUCGCGAAUCUGAAUUAGUCAGGUCAGCUGAUUUCACAAAUGCAAAAAAGGCAGCACUAAAGAAAUUAGAAGAUGUACUACUUGAACCACCUAGAGCAGCAUCAGGAAAAUCGAGUAGAUAUUUAAAAAAGACACAUUUUUUACCUGAUUUAAUGGGAGUUUCCCUUGAGAGUUACCCAAGAAGGGUCUUCAUUGAUGUUGGUUUACAAGAAAAGAAUGAAAAAUCAAGUGAUAAUUAUCAUUCUACUUGGUUUUCAAAGCAUUAUCCUACAAGAAACACAAAAUUUGAGAUGUUCAAGAUUGAGACGGUGACUGAAGAAUCAACUGGAAAAGAGAUACCAUUGAGUACUAUUAACAUGUCUGAUUGGUUACAAAAAAAUGUAAAAGAAAAUGAGUAUGUGGUAAUGAAGGCAGAGGCUGAUGUGGUUGAAGAAAUGGUGAAAAAUAAAAGUGUUAGGUUAAUUGAUGAACUUUUCAUGGAAUGUAAACAUCAAGGAAUUAAAAAAAGUGAUAAGAAAAAUAGGAGGGCAUAUUGGGAAUGUUUAUCAUUGUAUGGAUUGUUGAGAGAUGAAGGUAUUGCUGUGCAUCAAUGGUGGGGUUGACGACG